AUGCGAACAGUAUAUGACACAUACCAUACAGGCUGGAAAGUAGGCCGAGUUCAGUGGGAUGGAGAUUUGUUGUAUGCUCAGGGACAGUGGAGGGAGAAGGAAAAUAUAGAUAAGAGAGUAUUGGAGCUCUGGAGGAAUAUUCUAGGAGAGAAGUAUCCGGAGGCGAUUAGGAGCAUGGCAAACCUCGCGACGACAUACCAUUCGCAGGGCCGACACACCGAGGCUGAACAAUUGAAGGAUCAAGCACUUAAUCUUCGACGGGAGGUUCUUGGGGAGAAGCAUCCGGACACGAUCAGGAGCAUGGCACACCUCGGGGUGACAUACCAUUCGCAGGGCCGAUACGACAAGGCUGAAGUGCUUCGCAAGUCUGCUCUAGAUCUUCGACGCCAGAUCCUUGGAGAAAAUCAUCCGCAUACGACUCAAAGCGUCAUGUACCUCGCCUCCACACAGGAAUCGUUACAACGCAUUCGAGUCUAG